AUGGCAGAUAAGGCUCAACGACGCGUGCUAAUUCCCGUAGACGAGAGUGGGUCUACCCUGAAUGCCAUCAGGUGGUACCUUGAGGAGGUUUCUCGUCCCGGUGACCAUGUCAUCCUCCUCACCGUUGUUCCCUUCCAGGUUCAACGGCAGACAAAUGUGUGGGUCUCCAGUGAAGAGGACGAAACCCCACCUACCAACGAGGCCUCCAACGGAGAG